CCUGUGGAACACAAAAUGUUGGUGGUUCAGCUAAUAGCGGUUUUUUUAAGUCUGGGCCUGGCUAAUGCCCUGCCUGCGGAUACGGGGCGCGCCAGUUCGGUGACAACUGUCACCAUUGUUAGGGGACAUGGUUACGAAAUCGAGGAGCACGAGGUGCAGACCUCGGAUGGUUACAUCCUCACCAUGCACCGCAUCCCGUACUCGAAGAACACUGGGUACGAUGGGCCACGCCCUGUGGUCUUCCUUAUGCACGGUCUGUUGUGUUCCUCCUCGGAUUGGGUUCUUGCAGGACCUCACAGUGGGCUGGCCUACCUGCUGUCCGAAGCUGGCUACGAUGUGUGGAUGGGUAAUGCCAGAGGUAACACCUACUCCAAAAGGCACGCCAGCAAGUCGCCGCUGCUGCAGCCCUUCUGGAAUUUUGAGUGGCACGAUAUCGGAAUCUAUGAUCUGCCCGCUAUGAUGGACUACGUUCUUUACUGGACAAAUGUGGCUCAACUGACGUAUGUGGGUCACUCUCAAGGAACCACCUCCUUCUUUGUGCUCAACUCUAUGAUUCCGCGCUUCAAGAGUCGCAUUCGAUCGGCUCAUUUGCUCGCUCCUGUGGCCUGGAUGGAACAUAUGGAGAGUCCCUUGGCCACGGUCGGUGGACCACUGCUUGGUCAGCCCAAUGCCUUCGUCGAGCUCUUCGGCAGCGCCGAAUUUUUGCCAAAUACGCAGCUAAUGAACCUGUUCGGAGCUCUCCUCUGCAGCGAUGAGGCCAUUUCACAAUUCAUGUGCACCAACACCCUAUUCCUGCUGGGCGGCUGGAACUCGCCGUAUAUCAACGAGACCCUGCUCCCAGAUAUUAUGGCCACGACUCCGGCGGGAUGUUCGGUAAAUCAGAUCUUCCACUACCUGCAGGAGUACAAUUCCGGAUACUUCCGGCAAUUCGACUACGGAAAGACGCGCAACAAGAAGGAGUACAGCAGCAAGACCCCGCCGGAGUACGAUGUGGAGGGCAUCGAUGUGCCCACCUAUCUCUAUUACUCUGACAACGACUACUUUGCCAGUCUGAUUGACGUGGAUCGCCUAAGGUAUACCAUGAACCCGAGUGCCCUGAAAAGCGCCUAUCGUAUGCCGGAAGAAAAGUGGAAUCACAUCGACUUUCUGUGGGGACUGAAUAUUAAAGAAAUUCUUUAUGAUCGGGUAAUUAACGACAUAAAUAAUGCAUAAAUGUGCGCUGAAAAUAAAAAAAAAAGCGACAUACGAUUGUGAUAAAAAAAAGUUCCAUUGGUCACCACUUAAACGGGGGCUUUUGGUAGCUAAUGAACCGAUAAUAUACGAGUGGUCAUAAAUUCAAAUUGAUUUGGUGACACUUCACGGUGACUGAACAACGCAAAACGAACUAGCCUGCUAACAUUUUUUGCCUUAUAAUUGCACCUGCUAACUACAAUAGAUUAUAUUAAGUGUAAUGU